UUUACGAGUGCAGCCUGAGAAAUGUCGACUUCAGUGAGCUGCAGCUGAGGCUUGAUCGAAGCCCGAGCAGUGUUUACUCAGCAGGUGGAUGUGACGUCACGGACUGGGAAGAACAACAACAACAAUAACAACAACAACAACAUGUCAGUGUAAACGGUCGGAAGGAUCGCAGGGCUGCUGAAGCCGAGCUGUCCGCUCAGAGAGCCGCACGGACUCGGUGCCGCUGCCCGCCCGCCCGCGCGCGCGCUCUAGUCCCUGGAGCGGAGUAAUAUUAUCGCUCGUGUUUACGGUGCGGUUUAUCGCACGCGCUCUGCCCAAACACAGGCUCGCGCGAGGAGUUCAAACCGCCGCGCAGCGAAUGAGCAGCCGGCUGCGCGUUAGUUCAUUUUAAAAUAAAAUAAAAUAAAAUAAUAACGCCGAAAUUACGAGACUGCUGGUGGAGGCUUUGGAAGAAGUGGUCCAUCUUGAUCUUGUCCACUUGCGCCUGAAGGCCCCUUUUCUGACAGAUCUUUCACGUUCACCCCCUUGCCGUGCUGUGGUGAAUUUUGAUUGGAAGAAUGGAGUGUCAGUCGUCUCUAAACAACUGCUGAAGGCAGAAGACUUCAGUGUCACAGUCUUUGUGGAUGCUGAAAUCGGAGAAAAAGUUCCAGACUGCAACUAGGAGAGUUUUUCUUUCUGGAAAUACAAAAAGAUUAGGUCGAGUUCCAGGACGACGCGACGUGUGGAGUAUUUGAGUCGUAAGGUUCUGCCACGUACAUGGAACGAGAAGGCUAAACUCCAAGAGUUGUAACCAAAGACGGCUUCAAGCAAGCGAGUCCUUGGAAGAAGGCCUUUAAGUCAUGAUGCAAGAGGCGGGGACAGCGGAGGCGAUGAGCAACGGAACGGCCAAACAUAACGGGCUGGCGGCCGAAGGCGGGCUUCGAGACAUACGAUCCAAGAGUGCCACACCUUUCUCUGACAUCACAGCUGCUAACCUCAUGACCCUUCAGCAGCAACAGGCUCUACAGGUUGCAAGGCACCUCCUUCUGAAGCAGCAGCAAAGUGGAACGAUCAAAUCUCCCAAAAGCAACGAGAAGCAGCCUGCACUACAGGUGCCAGUGUCAGUGGCUAUGAUGACCCCGCAGGUGAUAACUCCUCAGCAAAUGCAGCAGAUUCUCCAGCAGCAAGUCCUGAGCCCUCAACAGCUCCAAAUCCUCUUGCAGCAGCAACAGGCCCUGAUGUUACAGCAGCAGCAGCUUCAGGACUUCUAUAAGAAGCAGCAAGAACAACUCCAUCUCCAACUUCUUCAACAACAACAUGGCAGCAAACAACAGAACAAGGAGGUUUCCGCGCAGCAGUUGGCGUUUCAGCAGCAGCUCCUUCAGGUUCAGCAGCUGCAGCAGCAGCACCUGCUCAGUCUACAAAGACAAGGCCUGCUGUCCAUCCAGGCUAACCAGAAUCUGCCUCUGCACUCUCUUACUCAGGGCGUGAUUCCAGCUGAGCUGCAGCAGUUGUGGAAGGAGGUGACGGGCACGCACGUGAAGGAGGAGAACAGCGCCAGCAACAAUGGCCACCGUGGCCUGGACCUGUCCUCCGCCUCACCCGUGCCUCCCAAAAGCAGCCUCCUCAACCAGCACGCUACGACCAACGGCCAGUACGGCAGCCACACACUCAAGAGAGAGAGCUCAGCGCUGGAUGAACACACACACCACAGUCACCCUCUGUACGCACACGGCGUGUGUAAAUGGCCGGGAUGUGAAGCGGUGUUCGAUGACUUCCACUCUUUUCUCAAACACCUGAAUAACGAGCAUGCGUUAGACGACCGGAGUACGGCCCAGUGUCGGGUACAGAUGCAAGUAGUUCAGCAGCUGGAACUGCAGUUAGCGAAAGACAAAGAACGUCUGCAAGCUAUGAUGACUCACCUACACGUCAAGUCCACAGAGCCCAAACCCACCCCACAGCCCCUCAACCUGGUUUCCAAUGCCACUCUGUCUAAGACAGCGCCCGGAGCAUCACCGCCCCUCAGCCUUCCUCAAACCCCAACCACGCCCACCACCCCGCUCACACCGCUCUCCCAGGCCCACUCGGUCAUCACACCCACCAGCCUGCACAGCGUCGGUCCCAUUCGCCGACGCUACUCGGACAAAUACAGCAUGCCCAUAUCGCCAGAUAUCGGCCAAAACAAGGAGUUCUACAUGAACACAGAUGUGCGUCCUCCUUUCACAUACGCUUCAUUAAUACGGCAGGCGAUACUUGAGUCACCAGAAAAACAGCUAACACUAAACGAGAUAUACAACUGGUUCACGCGAAUGUUUGCAUAUUUCAGGCGGAAUGCAGCUACCUGGAAGAACGCAGUGCGGCAUAACCUUAGUCUUCACAAGUGUUUUGUGCGAGUAGAAAACGUUAAAGGGGCGGUAUGGACUGUUGACGAGCUAGAGUUCCAAAAGAGAAGGCCACAAAAGAUCAGCGGGAGUCCUGCUCUAGUGAAAAACAUUCAGACCAGUUUGGGAUACGGUCCUGU